CCGAAUCCUCCUCCAUCGUCGCCACCACCACCCUCCGGCCUCUCUACUCCCGAUUGGCCUCCCUCCACGCGACAAGCCCCGCCGGCCGCCGACCGCCGACCGCCGACGAGGCCCCACGCCGGCGCGGCCUGGGUUUCCUCGAGCGCACGCCGUCGCCGCCGACGAGGCCCAAAGCCACCGAACCCUGACGCCCCCAACCUCCGGCCGCCGUUUCUCCAUCUGCGGCUGUUUGCGCACCUAGGUUAACUGUCAUAGUGAAGAGCCUCUUCAGCAUGCCAAUCAUCUGCAAAGCUUAGGAAGUGGUUUUGAAUACGUCAAGAUAAAAAAAUCAAACCAUCGGUUCAGGCAGGUUAACAUGUUAAGAACAAGAAAAUCCUGAGAAUACAUAUUAACUUGACUUGCUAGCUGGCAAUAUGAACAAUGAAAAUAUUAUUGACUUGAUUUCGGAUAGUGAUGAUGAUUUUGACCAGCAGCCAGCUUCUGCAAGCACAAGAUUUGGUCAAAAUGGUGAAGAGCGUCCAAUCAAUUUUGAGGAUGAGGAUUGGCAGAGGAGUGCUCCUGCCCCAUCUUCUUCAAGGAAUAUCCAUAAUAAUAAUGGUCAAUACAGGACUCUUCCACCAUCCUCUACAAAUGGUAGACCAAUGGAGAGUGCUCGUCAUACGUUUGGUUCAGGGGACAUGACUCGUUCCCAUCCAAGUUCUUAUAUGCCUAUGCGACAAGCAAGGGGCCUUUCUGCUUCGAACAGAGUUGACAGUGUAGGGGAAAAACACAACAGUUCUACAGCAGAUGCAAACGGCAAUAACAAGAGGGUUCUUCCAUCUUCUUUUUCCAAUGGCAACACAUCAAAAUCUAUGCAUGCAAAUGUUGCUAGUGCAACACGCAAGCUCCCACCACUUUUCGCCGAUAGAAACUUACAUAGUUUGGGUGAGCACAGAAUGGGAACAAAUAUGACCAAUGGAAAUGCGCAUCCUUCAUCUUCAAGGAUGGCAAUAGGAAGUUUUAAUGCGAGUAAUACCCAGAAAAAGGUUGAUGAUGAUGAUGUUAUUGUAUAUGGAGGUCCCAGCACACAUAGGGUACUGCCUUCAUCGUUGGGUGUCAACAAUUCUAAUAACAGUGAAGUUAACGCCUUUGAUCCACAAGGUCGCUUGAAUCCAGAAAAUAGACUUUUGGAUUCUGAUGAGAGAGCAGUAUAUCAAGAAGCCCUGCAGCAUAUUAGUCGGGAAAAAAGGGAAGAUGAUCUGCCUGAGGGAGUGCUAACAGUAUCUCUCCUUAAGCAUCAGAAAAUGGCAUUAGCUUGGAUGGUUUCGAAGGAGAAUAGCUCACAUUGUGCUGGUGGAAUUCUUGCAGAUGACCAGGGCCUUGGGAAGACUGUGUCUACAAUUGCCCUUAUACAAAAACAAAAGAGUCAACAGUCUGAAUUCAUGUCUGUUGAUUCAGAUCGCUUGAAAUCUGAAUUACUAAAUCUCGAUGAAGAUGAUGAAGGAGAACAAACUGUGAACGAUGAACCCAAGAAGGACCAAGGGGCUAGUUCAUCGUUAACAGUUGCUGGCACCAGUAGUGUUGAGCCCAAGAAGGACCAAGGGGCUAGUUCAUCGUUAACAGUUGCUGGCACCAGUAGCGUUGAGCCAUGUGUCAGUCAACCAAAUAAUGUUCCAGAUAAAAUGGCUGAAAGCAAUGCUGAAUGGAAAAAGAAAGCUAAAACAUGCACAUCAUCUGCAUCCACCACGCGGUCCAUGACAAGGCCAGCUGCAGGUACUCUAGUAGUAUGCCCUGCUAGCGUUCUUAAGCAGUGGGCUAACGAAUUGACUGACAAGGUUAGUGAAAGUGCUAAGUUAUCUGUUUUAGUCUACCAUGGUGGUUUGAGGACCAAAGAUCCAAGUGAGCUGGCAAAAUACGAUGUGGUUGUGACUACAUAUACAAUUGUGGCCAAUGAAGUACCUAAACAGAUCGCUGAUGAUGAUGCAGAUCGAAAGAACAGUGGAGAACCCUCAGCUGGCAAUAAAAGAAAACCACCAUCAAGUGCAAAGAGCAAGUCUAAGAAGAAGAAGAAGAAACUGAAGGACUCAGACUUUGACCUUGACAGUGGCCCACUUGCGAGGGUACGGUGGUUUAGGGUUGUGCUUGACGAAGCUCAGACAAUAAAAAACCACCGAACUAUAGUGGCUAGAGCCUGUUGCGGGCUAAGAGCAAAAAGGAGAUGGUGCUUAUCAGGAACACCUAUUCAAAAUGCAAUUGAUGAGCUGUUUAGCUAUUUUCGUUUCUUGAAAUAUGAUCCAUAUUCCACAUAUAACUCAUUUUGCACAAUGAUAAAGCACCCAAUUGCUAGAAAUGCAGUUCAUGGGUAUAAGAAACUUCAAGCUGUGCUGAGGGUAGUUCUCCUGCGUCGUACAAAAGAAACUCUGAUUAAUGGGGAACCAAUCAUAAAUUUACCUCCAAAGACAAUUAAUCUGAAUAAAAUAGAUUUCUCACAUGAGGAGCGGUCCUUUUAUUUGACGCUGGAAGAACGCUCUCGGCAACAGUUCAAGGCAUUUGCUGCGGCUGGGACACUCAAACAAAACUAUGCCAAUAUCCUUUUAAUGUUGUUGCGGCUUCGGCAAGCCUGUGAUCAUCCUCUUCUUGUGAAGGGUAAUCAGUCAGAAUAUGGAGGUGAUGGUUCUAUAGAAAUGGCAAAGCAACUGCCUAAGGAAGUUGUGAUAGAUUUGCUUGCAAAAGUGGAAGUGGGAUCUGCUGUUUGUACCUUAUGCAAUGACACACCUGAGGACGCUGUUGUGACAAUUUGUGGUCAUGUUUUCUGCUAUCAAUGUAUACAUGAACGGAUAACGACUGAUGAGAAUAUGUGUCCUGCCCCUAAUUGCAGUAAAACAUUAAGUCUUGAAUCAUUAUUUUCAUCAGGUGCAUUAAGGAUUUGCAUCUCUGGCAAAUCUAGUACUGCAGGAACAAGUUCAUCAGAAGAUAAUGAGUCAUCUUCAAUCAGUCAAAGUAGCUACAUCUCCUCCAAGAUACAAGCAGCCAUUGAUAUACUAAAUUCUAUCAUCAACAGAGAUGCCCUUACUGAAAGUGAUACUACGGAAUCAAAUCGAAGUCGAGUAGCCCCAGCAAAAGCGAUUGUCUUCUCCCAAUGGACUGGCAUGUUGGAUUUGCUGGAGCUUUCACUGAAUAGCAAUCUUAUACAGUACAGGAGACUGGAUGGAACGAUGUCUCUCAACUUAAGAGAUAAAGCAGUGAAGGAUUUUAACACUGACCCGGAGGUCAGGGUUAUGAUUAUGUCACUGAAAGCAGGUAAUCUUGGUCUCAACAUGGUUGCUGCUUGCCACGUAAUUCUCCUUGAUCUCUGGUGGAACCCUUAUGCUGAGGACCAGGCAGUGGAUAGAGCACAUAGAAUUGGGCAGACUCGUCCUGUUACUGUAUCUCGCUUGACCGUUAAAGAUACAGUGGAAGAUCGGAUUUUAGCUCUACAGGAGGAAAAGAGAGCUAUGGUCAGCUCUGCAUUCGGUGAAGACAAAUCCGGUGGCCACACGACUCGGCUCACCGUGGAAGACCUGCGGUACCUAUUUAAGAUAUGAUUCCUAUGAGCGACGAUGGAUGGCGCAUUCUGUUCCUUGUAAUCUUAAUCUGGCAAAAGUGACGCUUGUAUCACUGUUGCGAGUAUGUUGGAGCUGAGGCAGUGAGGCACCGUGGCCCAUGGGUCCAUAUCUCCUCCCCCACACCCCCCUGCCACAGCUCCGGUUUUGCCGUGCUCAGAUUGCUAGAUGUGUAAUUUAGAGCCAGAUAGCCUGUGUAAUAUAACCCCCCAGGCUUGUAGAACCAUGUUAAAUGCUGUUCUAUUCUCCUGGUAUAGGAGAGUUCUGCUAUGCUGUCUCAUUCUCCCGGUGACAAGUCUGGAGCUCAGCCCGCCAGCCCGUUGUAUACAUAUAUUCACACUGUACUGUUGCUAACUUGCUGUGCUGUUUUCAGUCAGAAAUGUUUGCUGUA